AAUUGAACUGGUAUGCUCCUCCAUACAUGGACUAAAAAAAAUUAUCUUCCUAGCACAUUUGAAGUGUUAGCUAUUAGGUCCCUAAUUGAAUUGAAAUGAAGUAUAUAGUUGUUGGGAUUUUGUGGUUUUGCCAUAGAAGUGGGCAUUGCAUGAGUUUUAUUAUACUUUGUUUAUCUGGUUACUUAAUGUUAGAAAGUCACAGGUCUGUUUGGAUGUACGGCAGAUAAGAAGUGGUGUGGAUGGGUGAUUUUGGUAUAGAAGUGUCCCGCCUUCCUCACUAGCUACUUGAUAUCGCUGGACUGUCAUUCUGCUGUUUGAUAUUGUAUAGGAGUUGCUGAUUUGUUUGAUAUAGAAUCCAUUCUCUUUUUCAUGUGAAAUUUCAGUUGGUUCCUCUCCUUAUGUGGGUAUUGGUAAGAGAGAGAGGGAGUAGUCUUGUGUGUUUCAGAUCAAAGAGAGAUGAGCUUUAGUGAUGUAGUAUUGUGGUUGUGGGUGCCUUAACUUGUAUUGUCCAGCUCUGGAAGGGAUGAUGAAGAAUCUGAAAGUAGAUCCUUCUUCUGAAGCCAUUGAUUCCAAUGUGGCUGCUUCAAAGGAUGGAAGCCCAUUUGAUGCCACAUCAUGUAUAUCCUCAUCGGGGGAUGCGACAAGUAGUUUCCAGGAGAGCGAUGUAGAUCAUGAAUCUUUGAUAGCUGAGCAGGGGAUCUAUUAUCCGGCAAGCAACUACUAUGGAUACUGUUAUCCAGGUUUGUUAUGUUUGUUGGGAUUGGUAUCUUUAGAGCAUUUGAUGGCGUCUUGGAGCUUCUGGUUUGUGCUGGCAGAAGUCUGCCCGAAGCUAUCAUGUGGAAGGGGACCUUACUAAAACAGUUCAUGUGGAAGGCUGUGUGGCAGUUUGUUUGUUUUGAAAACUUUAAAUAGACCAUUAAUUGUUUUGUUGGUAUUGUGCUAAUUGUUGUCUUGAUGGAUGUUAAAUGGGUGAAACAUGCACAAGUUCAAUUAUUGGUUGAUUAUAAUAUUGUUAACUUUUGUUGAUAGAAACUA